AUGGCACAUCUGAGAACUCAAUUUGAUUUUCUAACGAAACAUAUUGUGUCGAAGUCCAAAAAAGUCAAUGUUGUGGGACAACAAAGCAGAUAUGAUGAUCAAGGUAAUGACAUUGAUGAGGAAGCUAACUACUUUGGAAACAAAGUAGGUGCACGGAAUUAUAACUCUGGACAUCAGGGCGGAUCUAAGCUAGAAGACACUAUAGCCAAGAUGCUUCAAAAUGUUGAAUCAACAGAUGCAAGAGUUAAAGAAAUGAGGGGUACCAAGGAUGAACAAGUUAAGGAUGAAGUUGGCACAGAGGAGGAUGAAAGUUCACCUGUAAAUGACUUGGAAGAGCUUUCAGUAAAUAUCCAACUGGUAGAAGCUCUUGAACAAAUGCAAGGAUAUGCCAAGUUCACGAAAGAUUUGGUUACCAAGAAAAUAGUUGUAAGUCUUGAUUUUUCUAAUGCAUUGCAGUGCUAUUGCAACCAGAUAUUUGGUUCAAAAAAAGAAGAUCCUGGUGCUUUCACAAUUCCAUACAACAUUAGGUCAAUCAAGUUUGCCAAUGCGUUGUGUGAUUUGGGAGCUAUCAUAAAUUUGAUGCCAUUACCCAUCUAUGAAAAAUUGGGUUCGGGAAUGCCAAAACCUACAACAAUGAGAUUGAUGAUGGUUGACAUGUCAGUUAAGCGACCAGUGGGAAUAUUGUGUGAUAUUUUUGUUAAGGUAGAUAAAUUUAUCUUCCCAGAAGAUUUUGUUAUCCUGGAUUGUGAAGUAGACUUCGAAGUACCUAUAAUUCUGGGAAGACCAUUUUUAGCUACAGGAAGAGCUUUGGUUGAUGUUGAGCGAGGUGAGUUUAAGAUUAGACUAAAUUAA